UGGCUACGAGGAAUAAUUGAUGUAGGGGAAGAUUACAGCUUCAAAAUCUCCCGCUCUACUUUAAUAUGCACCACGUGACGAAAUCAGCCGACUCUGUAUAUCAACAAUCUUCAAACAAACCCCUCUCUCCCCGCCCGCUCUAAUUCUCGCGCGAAAAAGAUUUAGGGUUAGGGUUACUCGCUCUCUGGCGACUCUCUUCUCCUUUUCAUUUUCUCGAGAAAGUCAGGGGAGAAUCAAUGGAACGCCAAGGAGGAAUUGACGAUAAGGAUCCCAUGAAACCAGAAGACGGUUCGAAGAAACCAGAAGACGAUUCGAAUAUACCUAAACCGGACGAAACCAUCAAACCGGUUACUUCUUGUGCUAUUAACGAUACGCUUUUUGAGAGCGAAAUUCUUCAUAGACUUCCCAUGGAAGAUUUGUCUAAGGCGAGAUUGACAUGCAAGACUUGGUUCAAGACUCUAGUGGAGGCUUCUUUCAUCCUCAGACAUCUCAAGGUUUCAAAUGAGCGGUUUCUACGUGUUGAACAUGAGGUUUCAUCGAUCAAUCCAAUCGAUUCUUCUGUGAAGUCUGCCCCAUUACCACAUUUCCUUGGCUACGGAAGGGAGCAAACACUUAUCCACUGUGAUGGUUUAUUCCUCGUGCAUGCUCUUAACCGGAGUCAAUCCCACCUCUACUUGUGGAAUCCAUUCCUCGGAGACUCUAGCCAGAUAUUCCCGAGCGAUAGCAUCUUUUCGUUUGAAUACUUGGGUAUAGGUUAUCGUAAGGUCCCAGCCAAUACUCCAAGAAACUAUACAAUAUUGGGGUUCUCAGGGAAAGAUGAAGGGUCUGUGGAGAUUUUGGAUUUGGAAACUUGUGUAUGGAAGAAACUUCAAGCGAAGCUUGACUCCCUUCUUGUCAUGGAUUAUCAAUCGGUGGUAAUAUGUACUGGCUAACCUCUAGCAACACCAUUCAACUUUUCAGUUUUACAACUGAAGAGUUCCAAAAGCUUGGUGAACUAGUGUUUGUCCACGAUGAAAAAACACAAGCCAUGUCGCUUUCUUCUCAUAAAGGAAACAGACUCUCGUUGUUACUUCAAGGUCUCACUGGAGAUAUUGCGUUUUGGGUUUCAAGCCCUCUGGAUGAUGAGAUUGUCUCGUGGACAUGCCUCCUCAAUGUUUCUGAUCCCAGAAUCCCGUCUCUAGGUAGAGAGAAGGAAGAACGUGAAGAGUGGGAUGAAGCUUUUCUGAAAACGGGUGAUGAAGAAGUUUCAAAAGCAUAUAUAAGCCUCCUCAAAAUCAACAAAACAGGAGUACUUGGUCGUGUUCGCAUUGUUGAAACAUCUCUUUGGCAUCCUUUCUUCUGCGGCUAUGUAUACACGCCGAGUCUCGUCCGAGUUCCAGAUCUGCCUCACCGUCCAUCCCAUUUCAGGUUUUGCUAAAUGAGUCUUCAUUAAUUGUAUAUGCACUUGUCUUAGCAUUUGUGUCCUUAAGUUGUUUGUGUACUUGUAAGGAAGCAUGUUUGUGUAUAUAUGGUUCAGUUAUGUUAUAUGCUUUGUAAUAUUGAAAUUGUGAGAGUUUAUUUUUUUGACACUUCCUUCUUAUUUCAGGUCUGAGUGUUCCAGACCUUUGAAGAUCUCUUGAAGCCAGGCGCUGUCAUUGCUACCAGCGUUGGAGUUAUAGAUACCUUUCAGCUUGGGAUACUUUGUUUGUGUGACCUUUUGAAUUACUAUGAUUCAGACUCUUGUCUUUUCAAUUUCAAGACUUGGGUUUUUUA